UCCGCCGGUCUGAUUCAUUCUGCAGGUCAGAUAGCAAACAACGCGUUAUUUCAAUAAUGUAGAAGUUAAUCCUCAUUGGGUUUGUUUUAAAUUAGAAAACAUGGCUACAAAACGUAAAGUGGACGUGAUUGUUCCUGCGGAGGAAAGCGACCAGCUGCUUAUCCGUCCUCUUGGAGCUGGACAGGAGGUCGGGAGGUCAUGCAUUAUCCUGGAGUUCAAAGGGAGAAAAAUUAUGCUGGACUGCGGUAUCCACCCCGGCUUGGAGGGAAUGGACGCUCUCCCGUACAUCGACCUGAUCGACCCAGCGGAGAUUGACCUGCUGCUCAUCAGCCAUUUCCACCUGGAUCACUGUGGAGCUCUGCCCUGGUUCCUCCAGAAGACGAGCUUCAAAGGGCGGACCUUCAUGACCCACGCCACUAAAGCCAUCUACCGCUGGCUGCUGUCAGACUACGUCAAAGUCAGCAACAUCUCUGCCGACGACAUGCUGUACACGGAGACGGACCUGGAGGAGAGCAUGGACAAGAUCGAGACCAUCAACUUCCACGAGGUCAAAGAAGUGGCGGGAAUCAAGUUCUGGUGCUACCACGCCGGCCACGUGCUGGGAGCCGCCAUGUUCAUGAUCGAAAUAGCCGGAGUCAAGCUGCUGUACACAGGAGACUUCUCCCGACAAGAGGACAGACAUCUGAUGGCUGCUGAGAUCCCCAGCGUCAAACCCGACAUCCUCAUCAUAGAGUCGACCUAUGGAACUCACAUCCACGAGAAGAGGGAGGAGCGUGAGGCUCGCUUCUGCAACACGGUCCACGACAUCGUCAACCGAGAGGGGCGGUGUCUGAUCCCCGUCUUCGCUCUGGGCCGAGCUCAGGAGCUGCUGCUCAUCUUAGACGAGUACUGGCAGAACCACCCGGAGCUCCACGACAUCCCCAUCUACUACGCCUCCUCUCUGGCCAAGAAGUGCAUGGCGGUCUACCAGACCUACGUCAACGCCAUGAACGACAAAAUCCGCAAGGCCAUCAACAUCAACAACCCUUUUGUCUUCAAGCACAUCAGCAACCUGAAGAGCAUGGACCACUUCGACGACAUCGGGCCCAGCGUGGUGAUGGCGUCUCCGGGCAUGAUGCAGAGCGGCCUGUCCCGGGAGCUCUUCGAGAGCUGGUGCACCGACAAGAGGAACGGGGUGAUCAUCGCCGGCUACUGCGUGGAGGGAACGCUGGCCAAGCACAUCAUGUCGGAGCCGGAGGAGAUCACCACCAUGUCCGGGCAGAAGCUGCAGCUCAAGAUGUCGGUGGACUACAUCUCCUUCUCCGCUCACACCGACUACCAGCAGACCAGCGAGUUCAUCAGGGCGCUCAAACCGCCGCACGUGAUCCUGGUGCACGGCGAGCAGAACGAGAUGGCCCGUCUGAAGGCGGCGCUGAUCCGAGAGUACGAGGACAACGACCAGGUUCACAUCGAGGUGCACAACCCCCGAAACACCGAGGCCGUCACGCUCAACUUCAGAGGGGAGAAGCUGGCCAAGGUGAUGGGCUCGCUGGCUGAUAAGAAGUGUGUCCAGGGUCAGAGAGUUUCAGGCAUCCUGGUGAAGAAGAACUUCAACUACCACAUCCUCAACCCGUCCGACCUCUCCACGUACACGGAGCUGGCGAUGAGCACGGUGAAGCAGACCCAGGCCGUCCCCUUCACCGGGCCGUACUCCCUGCUGGUCUGCCACCUCAGGAACCUCACAGGCGAUGUGGAGGAGCUGGACGGAACCGAGAAGAGCACUCUGAAGAUCUUUAAGAACAUCACUCUGGUCCACGAGGUGGGCAUGGUGCUGCUGGAGUGGGUUUCCAACCCUCUGAACGACAUGUACGCCGACGCCGUGACCACCGUGGUGCUGGAAGUCCAGUCCAACCCCAAGGCUCAGAAAGUGAUGGAGACUCAGAGCGCCACGCUGGACAUGGACGUCUUCCAGUCCCGGCUGGAGGUCAUGCUGCAGGACAUGUUCGGAGUGGAGUGUGUGGACUUCAGCGACGGGAAAAGCAUCUCGGUGACGGUGGACGGGAGGAGCGUCCACGUCUCCCUGGAGACCAGGAGUGUGUGGUGCGAGGAGGAGUGCUCAGAAGACGACUCGCUGAGGGAGAUGGUGGAGCUGGCGGUGCAGCGGCUCUACGACGCCCUCAACCCACUCAUCUGAGUGUGUGUGUGUGGAAACGCUGGCUUUCGACUAAUGCACAUGAAGGAAAAUAAGCUAUGUGGAGAUUUUGAAGCACUUUUAGUUGAUCCACUGUUUACUACUUAAUGUAGCUUCACUGCAGAGCAGACGGGUCGGUUCUCUUAGUUCAGAGUCAAACAUCCCAGUUUGACUUUAAUGCAGUCAGAAAAACACUAAAUCAGAUGUUAAUGUUUCAGUCUUGGCCAGUAGAGGUCCCAGCACAACUAAAUAUCUACUGUUAAAAUUAAAUAAAAGAGUAUAAACCUCCAUUCACCCAACCUGAAAAAUUAUCAAGAGGCAUCACAGCUUAGAUCAACAUCUGCACCAAAUAAGUAGAAACUGAUAUUCCCAUUUUUUCCUCAGUGAAACGUGAACAAUCUUAGUUAUUUAUCUAUUUAUUUUAUUUGUUUAUUUCCCUCUUAUAAUAAUGGAGACAAGGGAAAUAUAGAUAAUGAGUCAGUGAUGGAGGGCCAAACUCCACCAUCAGACCCUGGACGUUUCUACAUUCAUGCCUGCUCUGCUGUAAAUGUCAGAAACGCCGGGUGUGCCGUGAAACUCCGCUUGAUAAAAGGGAAUAGGUUAAAAUAGAAGCUGCACGUUUUAGUUUUGGUUCAGAUAAUCAUGAAUAUAUUCUGAAAUGUUGACAUGACUGAACUUUUCUUUUACAAAAACUGAAACAGCUGGAAAUGUCUGGGAAUAUAAGUGAAGUCUCGAGAGUGUUGAUCAGUGUUUCUGUCCAGGUUUGAAGACAGCUGCUUCCUUGUUCAGUGUUUCUGGCGUUCAGCCGGGUUUCAUGCGUCGCCACGAGCCUUUCACUGUUGUUUUAUGUUCUCGUCCACUAAUCUGCACUGAAGUGACUGGCCUGUUUACUGUUUACUGUGAAGUGAAAUGUUGAAAUGGGUUCAAGUGUUCUGUAUUUAUUAUUUAAGGGUUUAAAUGUGAAACUUGUUUUUAAAACUUUGAGUCAGUAACGUGAAUCUUACGUCCUUUAACACGGGUGCUGAUGAAAAUAAAAAGACAGGAGCAACGACUGUUCCACUCGAACCACUGA